ACAGCUUCCGCCAGUCUGCUUCUAUUUAGGCUAGUGUGCCCUCCUCGCUCUUGUUAUAUUUAUUAUUUAAAUUAUUUGACGGAAUAUCGAAUCGCAAAAGGAAGUUGGCCCGAGCGGAGGAAGCAGGGACGUGCGAAGAAAGGAAAAAAAGAGGACGAGAAAUCCGUAGUGAAAAAUGUAAUUAUACAAUUUUCCCAUCGAAUUGAUCGAAUAGAGAACCCGCAGCCGAGGGAGUAUUUCCAGGAGUCGGAGUGAUUCGAGUGUAGGAGAGACGGUUUGAGGAGCGAUCAGUGCGUCCGGAGAGGAAGCGUCAAACCGUUCUACGUCGAUCCGGAGCCAGUUAUCACGAGUCGACGUGUGCCCUCUGUGGAGGUUAGGAGCGGAUGCUGUAAGAGGAAAGUGCCGUCGGAAGAGGAAAAUUCUGAGGGAAACUCUGCCCGGUAAUUAUGAACGGCCAGCCUUACAACUAUUCGGCCAGCAAUUCCGGAAACGGCACACCGACCCCGUCCUCGACCAGCUACCCAGCGAGCCUCUCGUCACAAUCGUCUAGGGAUGGGUCUCCUUCUCGGCUACCUCCAAAUGUAAACCAUAUUAGCAAUGACAAGUCAAUUAAUCCUAAUAGUAAUAUAACAAAUUAUAAAAAUCAAGAAGUAGAAAAUUCUUAUUCUUACGACGCCAUGAAUACCAAUCAGAGUAGGCAGCACAUUGCGAGCAACGUCGGCGAAUACAUGGGUGAUGUCAACGGACAGAGGCCACCACCUCCGACGUCCGUCCCCCUCAACCAGCAGAAACCCCAAUAUGCUGGACAGACUCAGAGGAUAGAGUCCAGGCAGGAGAACUACAUUCCAGUAAAAUCCGACGCCCCCCUGGCACACCUGGGCAUGGGCGACGGUUACAGCCAGUAUGCCCAGACCAAUUCUUAUCGCCCGGAGAAUGUGCAGAACAGUCAUUGGAACAGCUCAGGGUAUCCACCUAAAACAGACACUUCUUACAAUUCAGUGGCUCCUUAUAAUACUCAAGACCACGGCCAACGGCCUCCUGUGCAAAACACCCUUCAACAGAACGUAUACCUGCCUCAGAUACCUCCUAAUUUCAAUAAUUACCAGACACCAAAAAUGCAGACAUACCCCGCUCAGCCGACAAACCUACAGCUUCACCGUCCUACCCAAGAAGACCCCAUCUCUUCUGGGCCACCGAGGACUAAUGCACUGGGAAUAAUACCUUACACAGAACCAGUGACAUCUUUGACACAAGGUAACGUCGGCAGUCCCAAAACGAUCCCAUCGCAGACAAACCACAUGCCAACAGUGAAGCAAAUGCCUUAUACCCAGCCUGCCAUGCAGCAGCCGAUUUUAAACCAGCCGCAACAGCAGCCAAUGUACAGCCAGCCGCCACAGCCCGUUCAACAGAGCCGGCCGCAACCUCUCACCGCACCGCCUAUGAGAGGGCCACCUAUGGUGAGUCAGGUGCCGCCGAAAACUUACCAGAAUCAGUACAACAACCGGCCUCCGGAUAAUUACCUCGCAAACAAUCUCAAUCAGCAGCCACAGUAUCAGUCCUACAAUUAUCAACAGAACAACGUAGGAAACUAUCAACAGUACAAUCAACUCCAAGCUAAUUACUAUGGUGUCGACGAUCUUGCAAAUUCUAUGUCAGGGAUGUCUGUACAGGCUGGUUACAAUAAACUUUGGGGAAGGGAAGCAGUAGAUUUGUUAAAGGCAAGGGACAUUCUUCCUCCUACUAAAGUCGAACCUCCUCCUAUAAGGUUAUCCCAGGAGUAUUACGAAUCGUCAAACUGUAGCCCUGACAUAUUCCGCUGUACUUUAACAAGAAUUCCCGAAACGAAGAGCUUACUCGAUAAAUCUAGGUUACCUUUAGGUGUUUUAAUCCAUCCUUUUAAAGAUCUUAAUCAAUUAUCAGUAAUACAGUGCAGUGCAAUAGUGAGGUGUAGGUCUUGUAGAACUUAUAUAAAUCCUUUUGUUUAUUUCGUCGAUUCAAAACGAUGGAGGUGCAAUUUAUGUUUUCGCGUCAAUGAUUUGCCUGAAGAGUUUCAGUAUGAUCCGUUGACAAAAACAUAUGGCGAUCCGUCACGUAGGCCCGAGAUAAAAUCGGCCACGAUCGAGUUCAUCGCUCCAUCCGAAUACAUGGUGAGGCCGCCACAGCCGGCAGCUUAUGUCUUUGUGAUCGACGUCUCACAGCUCGGAGUACAGAGCGGAUAUUUGCAGACUUUUUGCGAAUGCCUUCUUUCCCAGCUAGAAGCAUUGCCAGGAGACAGUAGAACGUCCGUUGCCUUUAUUACAUUUGACUCGACUGUGCAUUAUUACAGUCUGGCCGACACGCAAGCCCAGCCGCAUCAAAUGGUCAUCGUAGAUAUUGACGAUAUGUUCGUACCAUGUCCAGAAAAUUUAUUAGUCAAUUUAAGCGAAUGCUUAGGCCUUGUUAGAGAUCUUUUAAGGGAACUUCCAACUAAAUAUCAAGAGUCGUAUGACACUGGUUCAGCAUUAGGGCCAGCUCUACAAGCCGCGUUCAAACUUCUAGCUGCUACUGGUGGGAGGAUUUCAGUAUUUCAGACGUGCCUUCCAAACUGUGGACCUGGAAAACUGCAAUCCAGAGAGGAUCCAUCCCAACGAUCAGGAGAUAACGUGAACCAAAAUAUGCUCAACCCUGUCACAGACUUCUAUAAAAAACUAGCGCUUGACUGCUCUGCUCAACAAAUUGCGGUUGACCUGUUCGUAUUGAACAGCCAAUUUGUCGAUCUCGCUUCUUUAAGCGGUAUCAGCAAAUUUUCUGGAGGUUGCAUACACCAUUUUCCACUGUUCAAUACGAAAAACAUUAAACACGUGGAUGCUUUGCAGCGUUGCCUGCAUAGGUAUCUGUGUCGUAAAAUCGGUUUUGAAUCGGUUAUGCGACUAAGAUGCACUAAAGGCUUAUCUAUACAUACAUUCCACGGGAACUUUUUUGUUCGGUCGACUGACCUCCUUUCACUGCCUAACAUCAAUCCCGAUGCCGGUUUUGGCAUGCAAGUCUCGAUAGACGAAAACCUGACCGAUGUGCAGAACGUCUGUUUCCAAGCUGCUCUUUUAUACACGUCUAGCAAGGGUGAAAGAAGGAUUCGGGUUCAUACUCUUUGCCUGCCGGUCGCGUCAAACCUCUCAGACGUCCUCCACAGUGCUGAUCAACAAUGUAUAAUCGGACUUUUAGCUAAAAUGGCCGUUGACAGAUGUCAUCAGUCUUCGUUGAGCGACGCGAGAGAGGCAUUUGUUAACGUUGUAGCGGAUAUGUUAAGUGCAUUCAAAUUAACGCAGUCCAGCAACCCAUCUAUGAGUCUUCUCGCUCCACCAAGUCUUAGCCUUUUACCGCUUUAUAUACUCGCUCUCUUAAAAUACAAUGCAUUUAGAGUUGGACAGAGCACAAGGCUAGACGACAGGGUUUAUGCGAUGUGCCAAAUGAAAUCUCUUCCCUUAUCACAAUUAAUUCAGGCCAUUCAUCCCGAUUUGUACCCCGUACACAAUCUUAGUGAAUACCCUAAAGUGACAAUAGGAGAUGAAACUGUCGUUCAACCACCUCUGCUUCAUUUGAGCGCCGAAAGGAUCGAAUCUCAAGGGAUUUAUUUAAUGGACGAUGGAAGCAGGAUUAUGAUAUACGUCGGUCAUAAUAUUAGUCAGAGCUUAGCGAUAUCUUUAUUUAGCGCCCCUUCUUUUUCAUCCAUCAAUUCCAAUAUGCUGGAUUUGCCCGAAUUGAACAACCCCGAGUCGAAAGAGUUGAGGAAUUUUAUCAAUUUCUUGCAGAACGAUAAAGCAGUAGCACCUACUAUUGAAAUUAUCAGGGAUGACAGCCCACAACGACAGCAGUUCUUGGACAAGCUGAUAGAAGACAAGACACCAGCUGGACACUCGUACUACGAAUUCCUCCAGCGUGUCAAACUCUUAGUGAAAUAGAAUUUUUGAAAUGGAGGUGGGGGAUAAAAAAACAAAAACAAAAAACAACACAGACCAAAAAAAGGAGAAUAAUGGCAGAUUCAAUUCUUUGUUUUUAGCGGAUGUUUGCAUAUACAUAAAACUUUGUACAAACAAAAUUAACGUGGAAAAAAAAAACAGUGUUGGACUUGAGUGACCAAAUUGACUGAAUUUAUUUCAUAUUAUAAAUUCACAAUUGUACCAAAGACUGUUGUUGCAACUGAAGGCAUGACAAUGCAAUUUGAAAUUGAAAAUUAAAUACCAUAGAGAUUUAUGAAAACAUUGAAAACAAAUUUUUUUUUACAUAUUGUUAAAUCUUUUUUAAUAAUCGCAUAAACAGAAAAAGUUUCAAUUUACUUUCGUUGCCCCGCCGGUCAAGGCGAGAGCAACAAAUCACACUCGUAAACUGUAAAUAUAAGGGCAAGUGUAUUUUAUUAAUAAUAAAAAAAAUCAAUAUGUAUAAAUAAUUACUGAAUAGGGUUUUUGGUGAAAGCUGAGUAUUUAGGUAAAUUAAAACUGAAGGGUGCCUUAUUGGUAAAUUAAUUUUAUUAUUAAUUUAAAAUAUAAAAACCGACCAAUGGGCGCCUUACAAAAAUAAGUCAUAGUAUCGAGGAGGAAGGUAAGCGAGUAAUAAUUUAUCGCCCGUCUUGUUACUUAUUCACAUAAAAUCUGUGAUGUUCAUAGCACUGUUAAAUAAAAAAUAAAAUUUAAUCGGUUAAAAAUGGAAUUAAAAAAAAAAUAAAUAAAUAAAAAAUAUCACAGUUAAUUUGUUUUAAAGUUUUCAGGUAUGUGUUGUCUUUUAUUGUAAAAUGUAUAUUAUUGUUGACAAUUUUUUUUCUGUUUUUGUCGAAUGGUAAAGAGAAAUUUUUGUUAUGUCGGAUUUAAAGUUAUUAUUCAUUAUUUUUGUAGUUAAAAAUAAUCUUUUUUGUGAUUAAAUUCAUAAAAAAGCAUGAUAUAUUGUAUGGCCUUGUUUAUUAUUAAUUGUUUUUAUGAGGUUUAAGUGGAAGAAAAUUACAAUCGAAGGAUGCUAAACAAAAUUGUAUAUUUAGACUCCUGGCUAUUGUGAUUUUGAUAUUGUUAAUUUAAUUUUUUUUUUAUAGCACAUUAAAGCUGGUUAAUGCAUAGAAAGUGAGAGAGAGAAAAACAAAAUUAUUGAUAAUGUAAGUAAACAUAUUGUAUUCAUUAGGGAAAUUUUUCGUGUUCAUAUUGGAGGUGGAGAUAAUUGUUUAUUACUGUACAUUAUGAUGUUUUGGUAAAUGUGUCUAUUUUGCUUAUAUUUUAGCUUAGUAAAAAUUCUAUUUUAACAUUUAUUUUAGUUGUUACAAAAAAUAUAUAUAUACUAUUUUAUUUAUUCCUGUGAAUAUUACUCUUUCUUUUUAAAUGGCCAAUUCAAUUUGUUUUCCUGCUCGCAGCCAAUUUUGAGUUUUAUGAAAUCUUUUAUUGGAAUGAAAUGAAACCACCCUUGGAGCAUUUAGAAAGAAUAAACAAUUUGAAUAAAGUUGUUC